AUGUGUGUCAGAUUUAGUUUUGUUUCUGUGGGCUUAUGUCUCGUCACAUCUUUGUCUUUUGUUGUGUUUAUCUACAAAAAGAAGGCAGAUCCAAAGAUUGAAUCCCAACGGCAACUAGAAAUGGUGAAGUUAUUCGUGGGAAAUCUUGCUGACACUGUCGAUUCCACAAAACUCAAACAAGUGUUCCAGCAGUUUACAAAAGUCACAGAAUGUGAUGUUGUGAAGAAUUACGCUUUUGUGCAUAUCGAUGAUGAUGAUGUGCAGUCGAUAAUAUCUCGGCUCAACGGAUAUAAUUUGGAGGGAAAAGCCAUUCAUAUUCAACUGUCGACUUCGAAGCUGCGAUCACAGCCUGGAAUGUCGAAUCAGUGCUUCCGAUGUGCGUCCACAGAUCACAAAACUCCACAAUGUCCUCAAGAUCCAAAUAACCAAGUGACGCAGACAAUUAAGAUAGAUCUGACAGGUGCCGCAAAGCGUCCUGGAGGUGCUAUAGAUGGUCCAGACGCUAAAAGACCAGUGCAGAUAGUUAGCGUUAUUGAUGAGGAGAUACCUCGUCCACCAGAACCCGAGCUGCAACAGUUGUAUGAGGAAUACAAUUUGUCCCGACAGCGGUACACCUAUUAUCGUGAACGUCUUCAGAAGGAGAUUCAAGCGAAACGCAACGGUGUGCCAGGAGCCGCCUACGUAGCGCCAUUUGCGUCAACAAUGGCCGCUACAACAACACAGUUUUCCUCCGCUGCUGUUCCUUAUAUUGCUCCUCAGCAGCAAGCCUACACACAACCAACGGUCACAGGAGGAAACCAUCCUUAUUCAUUAAAGGCUCCCUAUGCUGCCGCCACCCCGCAAGUGCAACAAGUUGCAGCGGUGCCGCAAGUUGGAGCUCUUCCCCAGCAAAAUUCCUAUAUAACUCCGUCAACUGCGGUGUAUAACACAGUACCGACAGCAAUGCCACAACAAAUGGUAGGAAUACCACAGCAACAACCUGCUCCAGUUGCUAUGCCAUAUGCUACGACCGUCCAACAACAGCAACAGUCAGCAAUUGGCGUCCAGUCAUCGGCUCCGAUGACCACUCAACAGUAUCUGCAAACAGUCGGGUUACAACAAGCGCAACAACAAGCUCCAGCUUUGGGAAUCACACAAUCUCAGCAGACUACACUCAGUGCACCUUACGGAGGAGUGAGCGUCAGCACACAGUGGAUGCAGCAGCAGCAGCAGCCAGCCCAACAGCAAAUGAUGAGCUUGCAACGUCCACAAUCCGUUGUUCCUCAACAACAAUCUUAUCAGAGCGGGCUUGUUAAGCUGAAUUUAAUUUAA